UGACAUUUCUGUUGGCCAUCAAUUUUGUGCUUUUUUCCCUCAGACGUUUGCGUUGCCGUUGGUGUUUUUUGCAACCAUCUGAUUGCAGUGCAUUUUCAUCGGGUUACGACGUGGAAAUUGUGUGAAAUAAAUAUUAAAAGAAUAGUUUAAAAUUUUCUAACAGCAACAAACCGAUUUGAAUAAGCUAAUUUGGGGUCCAAACAAAAGUACGAAGUAUAAGAAAUGCAAGGCGAAAAGUUGUGAUAGAUCGGUAAAGGCUUUGGGAAAAAUAUAGCGCUUUCGUGUGUUUGUGUGCGAGUAAAAGCAAAGAAGCGUAUUUUUUACUCGCAGCAGAAUUAAAAAAUAGAGCAAAUGAAUUUUUGACUUUAUCGAGAAGUCAAACACGUGAAUUAUGUAUUUAUGCAAGUAAAGGCCAAGAGCAGGUGCAAAGUAAAAAUAAAUUGUGCUUAAAGUGACAAAUCACAAGAUCGCCGCACUAAAGGGUAAAGAAUUAAAAUUGUCGAAUUAAAAAAAAAUUUGAGUGAAGUGUACGAAAUCUACCUCCACUGCAACAAACAAUUUCAAGUGCACCAAUAUGCCAUCAAUUACCUACAAGGAACGCGUACUCAGCGCUCAACAGCUGAAAAAACUGUCGGAACACAAAUACGCCUGCAGCAACAGUAGUCUGCUGGAUCCAUGGCUACAACCAUGGUGGAAUUGGCUCGUCUCAAUGACGCCACUCUGGCUGGCGCCCAAUCUCAUAACAAUUAUUGGACUGAUUGUCAACAUCGCGACAACUUUAAUAUUAGUAUCCUACAGUCCCGAUGCCAAGUCACCGCCACCCGGCUGGGCCAGUCUUCUCUGCGCAUUUGGCCUCUUUGUCUAUCAGAGUUUGGAUUCGAUCGAUGGUAAGCAGGCGCGUCGCACAAAUACCUCUUCACCCUUGGGUGAGCUUUUCGAUCACGGUUGCGACUCCAUAUCAACCGUUUUUGUGGCGCUUUCAGCGUGCAUAUCCUGUCAACUAGGCCAAUAUCCAAAUUGGUUAUUCUUUCAGUGCUUUUGUGCCAUUGCAUUAUUCUAUUGCGCCCAUUGGCAGACGUACGUUUCGGGCACGUUGCGCUUCGGCAAAGUGGAUGUGACGGAGGCACAGUUCACCAUUAUGGGUAUACAUGUCAUCUCGGCUGUUUUCGGCUCGGAGGUGUGGCAAACGCGGAUGUUUGGUAAUAUUGAAAUGUGGUCCAUCCUAUCGCUAAUGACCCUAGUUUGUGGUAUUUGGUCAUUAUGGUUUAUAUUCUCAGUUAUUUUGGCUGGCGGUGUUGGCAAGAACGGCUCCACAGUUGCAAUUCCCCUCAUUGGCGGGCGUUGGAAUUAUAUCAUUUUAAUCGGCAUUACUUUGGGUUAUCUCGUGAAUAUGAUGAGCUUUUCCAAAAUGUUUGUUGAAGGCGGCAGUGGCAAAAAUGGUUCCUCCGUUGCUAUCCCCAUACUUGGCUGCGAACUGCGUACUUUGUCACUUUAUGCUAUAUUUGGCGUUUACAUUUUUUUUAUUUGUCAUAAUAUGCGGGCGAUUAUGACAGAAGGAUGCGGCAAAAAUGGAUCAUCCGUUGCUGGUACCAGCGUACUUUCGCCCAGCAUACCGUUGACAUUGGUCAUCUUGCCCGCGCUGAUAAUUGCUCAAAAAUCACCGCAAAAUAUUUUCACCGACCAUUCAUCGCUAUAUAUAUUAGCCUUUGGCAUGGUGGCGGCCAAAGUCACCAACAAGCUGGUGAUUGCUCACAUGACAAAAGCUGAAAUGGAAUACUUGGACUGGUCACAAUUGGGACCCGCUUUGCUGUUCUUCAAUCAAUAUUUUAACUGUGUGUUGCCGGAAAUCUGGCUGCUGUGGUUCACCUUCGUCUGGGGCGCGCAGGAUCUCGGACGUUAUUGCUCAAAAGUCUGUGUGGAGAUUUGCAAUCAUUUACACAUUAAUCUCUUCACAAUCCCCCACCCGGUGAAAAAUGCACCACAAACCGUGAGCCAAGGUACAAAUGCGCCCACCACCAGUAUGAGCAUGGUCACGGCUGCUGCAGCGAGUGCGAGUGCGGGAGCGGGAGCGACGCAUGACAAGAACGGUGCAACACAUCAUCGGAAGACGGCGCGGCAGGCAAGCAAAAAGCAGCAACAACAAUCGCACUAGAAUUUAAUUUUACUAUUGUGUAAUUCAUAAAAAACAACAACAAAAACACUCAACCACAAAGUAAAAUUUUAAGAAAUUGUUCCGUGUCAAUAUACAAAACUGAAACACAAAAAAAAAAAGGAAAUAAUACAAAAUGUGAAAGGAGGUAGGGCGGAAAAAAUUACCACAAAAACAAAGCAAUUAAACUGAUGACUAGUGUAAAUUAAAAUACAAAAACAAAAAUUGCUUAGAUUACUUUAUUAUAUUUUUUCUCUUUAGUCUUUGUUUUUACUACUUAAGAGGGUGUUAACUGAUGGAGGCGCUAUUUACUAUUUAUGAAUACUUUUAAAACUUGCUAAAAAUGAAAAGAUCAGCUUAAAUUAUAGUUUAUAAAAAUUUUUUAGCUCACAAUAUAUAUUUGCAGACGAAUACAAGUUUACGUAUUUUUAUAUUCCUACUUAGAAAUUGAUUUUUGCGUAUACACUAGAGCAGAUAGCAAACAAAAAAGUUUGCGGAACGCCGUACUCGGCUUUAUAAAUGUAGCUACAUAUGCACAUACAUACAUACAUACAUAUGUGCUACAUAGUUUAUUUUCGACCGUAUAUGCAAGGAAAAAUGAAAAACGAAUUAUUUUCAAAAGUUUCUUGUAAUAAAAUUAUUUAUGUAAAGCUAUAGAUUUAUGUAUGUAUGUAUAUAUGUAUGUACAUAUGUACAUUCAUAUGCACAUUUAUUUGAGUGACAACCUUUUAGCCGCUGGCCAAAUAGCAUGCAACUGAGUUCGAAACUCAAAUCCAAUUGAAUUGUGAUGCAUUUCUAAAUUACUAGAUUCCCAAUUGAAAAAUUAUUUAAGUUUGAAAUAAAAAUGUGUUUUAUUAAAUGUGUAA